AGACAUACAGAAACAGAGCUCAGAAGCAAGCAACAGAGCAAGAUUUUUACAGAUUCCUUUGCAAUUUGCGUAGCAUCCAGUUCACGGCGAGCAAGAUGGUGGCCAAGGAGGCGAUCCCGCUGCUGACGCCGCACAGGAUGGGCCGGUUCGAGCUCUCCCACCGGGUGGUGCUCGCGCCGCUCACGCGCUGCCGCUCCUACGCCAACGUCCCGCAGCCGCACGCCGCGGCCUACUACUCGCAGCGGGCCACCAAGGGCGGCCUGCUCAUCGCCGAGGCCACCGGCGUCUCCGCCACCGCGCAGGGGUACCCGGAGACCCCCGGCAUCUGGACGCAGCAGCAGGUCGACGCCUGGAAGCCCAUCGUCGACGCCGUCCACCGCAAGGGCGCUCUCUUCUUCUGCCAGAUCUGGCACGUCGGAAGGGUCUCCACCAACGAUUUCCAGCCAGAUGGACAGGCGCCGAUCUCCAGCACUGACAAGCAGAUAACACCUGAUGCUGAGUCCGGCAUGGUCUACUCCAAGCCCCGACAGCUUCAAACGGACGAGAUACCGCUGAUUGUCGAUGACUUCAGACGUGCUGCCCGGAAUGCCGUCGAGGCGGGGUUCGACGGCGUGGAGAUCCACGGGGCACACGGGUACCUAUUGGAGCAGUUCAUGAAAGACAGCUCUAAUGAUCGCACCGACGAGUACGGUGGCAGCCUCGAGAACCGGUGCCGCUUUGCGGUGGAGGUAAUUGAUGCUAUAGUCCAUGAGAUUGGUGCGGAUCGCGUAGGCAUCAGGUUGUCUCCAUUCGUGGACUACAUGGACUGCUUCGACUCGGACCCACAUGCACUUGGGAUGUACAUGGUACAACAGCUCAACAAGCAUCAAGGGUUUGUCUAUUGCCACAUGGUAGAACCCCGGAUGGCAAUUGUGGAUGGUCGCAGACAAAUACCCCACGGGCUUCUGCCAUUCAGGAAAGCAUUCAACGGCACUUUCAUUGCCGCUGGAGGGUAUGAUCGAGAGGAAGGCAACAAAGUGGUGGCCGACGGCUAUGCUGAUCUCGUUGCUUAUGGGAGGAUCUUUCUAGCUAAUCCAGAUUUGCCAAAGAGAUUCGAGCUCGACUCACCAUUGAACAAGUACGACCGUAACACUUUCUACACGCAAGAUCCUGUCAUUGGCUACACAGAUUAUCCUUUCCUUGAAGGCGGCUCGAAUGCCGAGUAGUUCACCCACUCGACUUGAAUUAGUGAUGUGCUUGAUUUUAUAAAGUAUGUAAUGAUUUAUUCAAUGUGUGUAUGCACGGGGCAUGUGCACUGUAUCAUUUUCACCAAUAAUUUACUUUUGUUUUCCCAUGUAAUGCCAAUAUGUCAAGAUAUUAUUUUUUACAUCAACAAUGACAUCACUGCCUUCAACAA